CUCCACCCCCCCCCAGCUAUGCCUGCCCCAUGCAGGGCCAGGGAAAGGGGGUGCCCAACAGGCUGAUUCCCGGCAAGCUUUAGGGGGAAGCAUUUGUGGCUGGGGAGGGAAUUGCGCCAGCGAUUGCAACAUGGGGCAGCUGGAAAUUCUCAGUCAAGCCUAUGGGGAAGUAUAAAGUAGGCCGAGCUAGGCAUCAGAGGAAGCACCAGGGUGGACAUGGUGGGGGUCUCAGCACUGCUUCUUGCCCUCCUGUGCGCAGGGGCUCCAGGCUCCCAGUCGUGUGAGCUGCCCAUGCCCCAGACCAAGGUCUUCCGGUACCGAUGCCUACCCAUCACUGAUCCCCGCCAAUACCCCUCCGGGCCCUGCAGCCCCUGGACUCAGGGGCAAGCUGGGCCCUUGGGGAGGCCUGGGCGUUCUCAUGCUCCUCUCUGCCCCCCAGAGAAGAUCUACUGGGUGCCCAGCCGAGGCUUCAAGCAGAAUAAGUUGCCCAUCGUGCUGGGCAUCCAGAGCGGCACACGCUGCCUGGCCUGCAGCAGCACAACCCAGCCUGAGCUGGUGCUGGAGGAUGUAAACAUCACAGCAGCAGCAGCGCAGGCAGGGCAGGCAGAGCCCCGCUGGACCUUCUUCCGCUCCUACCAGGAUGGUGCCUGGCGCUUUGAGGCAGCUGCAUGGCCUGGCUGGUUCCUCAGCACCGCAGCCCAGCCUGGGCAGCCUCUGGCACUUGCUCAGCCCCCGGACCCAGCCCGCGUCCUUGACUUCUACUUUCAGGGCUGCUGAGAGCCUCACCCAGCAUCCACGGCCAUUGUUAUGUUCCAGAGUGAACACCCCGAGACUAAGGAGCCCAGAGGCAGUGGGGGUGGAGAACCCCAUUCAACAUCCCCAGCCAGUAUUAGGUUCCAGAGUGAACACACAAGACUGAGGAGCCCAGUGGUGGUGAAGGUGGAGACUCCACGACCUCUCAUGGGAGCCCCAUCCAUCACUGCCACCCUAGUCAUUAGGUUCCGGAGUGAACACCCCAACAAGACUACGGUACCCAGAAGCCAUGGGAACAGCCAGCGCAAUCCAUUGCCCCGCUUCCCUCAUUAGGGUUCAGAGUGAGCCCUCAACCCUAAGUCACCCAGACACUGUCGGGCUGGACAGUUCCAUCCAUUCCCGAACCCUGUCCUUGGGUUCCAGAGUGAACAACCCACCAAGACCAAGGAGCCCAGACAACAGAGGUGGGCAGCCUUCACACAGUGCUUGUUACAUCAUUAGGUUCCAGAGUUAGCACCACCAGACUGCAGUGAGUGUUGACGACUCCAGCCUGACCCACUGCCCUCCAUACCCAUCAUUAGAUUCCAGAGUGGACACACCCAGCAACUGGGAAGCCAAGCACUGCAGAGCUGGGUGGCCUUCUCCCAUUGCCCCCACCCAUCAUUAGGGCCCAGAGAGAAUGCUCCCCAUCAGUGCAUCCCCAUUCUCCCCAUGUACAUAGCCCCCCCACAAGCCUGCACAAUCACCCUCUGAAUAAACCUUUUUGUCCUGA